AUGAGCUCUUUUACACCGAAAAGGAAAGCGCGUGUGAUCAAGGUCCACGAUGACGAGGAGGACGAUGCUCCAGCAGCUUCUCCAACUGGCCAAGAGCCCGUGAAAGAUGACGGCGCGCCGAUAGCAGUCAAAUUCACGAGAAAACCAUUUCGUCAAUCCGGUCUGCGUAAAAGCAUCAACGUUAACGAGUUCAACGGCUCCAAUGGCGGCGCGGCGACCGGCGACGCGGGCAUAACUAAAGGUCCCGCGCAGGAGGAUGACGAGGACGAUGGCCCUGUAGUGAUCCGUCCCACGGUUAGCCGAUCGAGCUCUCUCAAGCAGAAGAAGCGGAAAUCUACAUCGCGACUUUCAUUUGGCGGGGCACAAGGUGACGGCGAUGAUGGUGCCAAGUCAGAAUACACGACACCCAAGAAGUCAACGCUGGGCUACCAAGCUCUCGAGAAUAGCGCCUUGAAGAACCGCCUCCCAAUGCGCUCAUUCCGUGAUGAGGAAGAGGACCGGCCGAAAUACAGCAAGGAAUACCUCGACGAACUGCAGAACUCGACCCCCAACACACCGCAGAAUAUCUCCUCCCAGCAGAUACAAGAUGAAGACGGAAUGGACUUGGACGCGUCUGAACUGGAGGGCGCUUUGAUUGUCAAUCCGGACGAGUUCAGCUCACGACCGCACCAGACAAAUAUUCUUACCGAGACCGAGAUUCAGGAGAGGAAACAGCGCAGGGCACGGUUGGCACAGGAGCAACAGGCUGACGACUUCAUUUCUUUUGACGAUGACGAAGGCGGUGCAUCACUACGCAAGAAAAAGGACGAUACGCGUCUUGUGCCUGAGGAUGAGGAUCUCGGUGAAGGUUUCGACGACUUCGUUGAAGACGGCGGAUUGUCACUUGGGAGGAAAGCGGAGAGGGAAGAGAAGCUUCGCCGACGGCGCGAGAUGGCGGAACAGAUCAAGAUGGCCGAGGGUGAUUCGGGUGACGAGUCGGACGCUUCUGAGGCUGAACGGCGUGCGGCCUUUGAGGCGGCGCAGACGCGGUCUGGUCUGGACGGUCUUCAGAAGCCUGAGCGGAACCCGACAGAGCAACUUCUACAGGUCCCGCCCAAGAUUACCCCACUGCCCAGUCUGUCGGAGUGUCUCUCGAGGCUGCAGACGACAAUGCGGGCGAUGGAGCUGGAUCUCGCAGACAAGAAGAAACGCGUGGAGGAACUGAGACAAGAGAAGGAGAGCAUCCUGACGAGGAAGGACGAGGUACAGCAGCUUCUUAACGAAGCUGGGCAGAAGUACACGGCAGCAAUCGGGCACGAAUCGGCCGCGGAAUCAGCUACGCAGUCGCCAGCGCGGCAGAUCACGAGUGCUGGAGCGAGUGAACUCAGAGUAGAGAGGGGUCUGGAGAGCCUCGGAACCACCCCGAACGAGCGACCGGAUCCAGAGGACCUAGGUUGA